CAUCGCGAGAUUUGAUCGGCGGCGGAGACUCUGUCCCUUUGGAACGCUCGGAGUCCCGGACCGCGGAACGGGGGGGAGAAAAGACCAUGCAGGCUGCGGUGGCCAUCGCCCGGCGGGGGCUGUUGGGUGGCGGCUCGGGCAUCACCUUUUCUCGGAGUAUACAAACAGGCAUCCAGAGAUUUCAAACGUUACUGGAAAACUCAGACUCAGCAACAGACAAAGAGCUAGAUUCCACACAGUCAAAGGGCUUCAGCUAUUUCCCUCCAGUGCCGGGAAAAGAAAGCUCCUUGCAGUGGGAUGGAAAGAAGUUUGAAGAAAUCCCAAUAGUUCAUAUCAAAGCUACCUACAAUAACACUCACAUCCAGGUUUUCACAGCUGAGAAAGUCCCUCUGGUCCUACUCACCUGUGGCUACAUGGGGUUCAAGAAUGCAAAGAAAUCGACAGCUCUUGCAGCACAGACAACUGGAAUUGCAGCAGGAAAUAAAGCAGCGAAAAAGGGCGUGUAUCACGUUCGAGUCGUGGUGAAAGGCCUGGGACCUGGGCGGCUGGUAAGCACUUCCUGUUUCUUUGUAGUCGUUCUUCAAGUGAGAGGGAGUCUUUAUUGGCUGAACUCCUGCGUUUAUCAAGGGCCACGGUGAUGGAGUGAAUGUCAC